UGAGUGACCAGGAAGUAAACCUGCUCUAACGCGGAAGGACUGAGUGGCGACGCGAUGCCUGCCCAGCCGGCAUUGCGGGUCAACGCGGCUUUUGCAGCGCGUUAUGGGAAGUACCGGCGUCGCGAGGAGCUGCAGCGGCUGCAGGACAAGUAUGGGGAACAGGAGGAAGUCUCGAGUUCCGAGUCGGCGUCUAGCGAAGAGGAGGAACUUGACCCCAAACUGGAUCGUGCUUUUUAUUCCAUGUUAGGCUUAUUAAAAACAAAGGACCCCCGAAUUUAUCAAAAGGAUAUCACCUUCUACACCGAUGAGGAUUCUUGCUCAGCCAGUGUUCGUAAGAAGACUUUUGCCAAGAAGAAAGAAAAGCCCAUGUUUCUUAAGGACUAUGAGAGACAAGUUAUAGUAGAGAAGGCAGGCAAAUAUGAGGAUGAUGAAGAGGAAGUAACAGUUAAUCAACCGACUUAUGUAGAAGAACAGAAGGAGCUGAAGGAGAGCUUCCGAAGGUUUGUGGCAGAAAGUGAUGAAGAAGAAGAUGGCAAUGGCAGUUCUUCAGCUCUGCUACAGAAACGGGUCAAAAGUAAGGAAGAGAAAGAACAUGAGGAAGCAGACUAUAUCAGCUGGUUGAAAGAUCAAAAGAAGCUAGAAGCAGAGAAUGAACUUCAAGAUCUGAUACCUCUGAAAAAAUACUGGAAUGACCCAAAACUAGACGAAGGGGAGCAGUUUCUGAGAGAUUAUAUCUUAAACCAGCAUUAUAAGGAAGGAGGCAGUGAAGAGGAGGAGGAAGAGGAAGAGCAUCAACAGGAAGGGCCACCUGGGGUCCAGCUGGCCAUUUCAGACUCAUCUGAUGAGGGCGAGCUCUUCUUAAAGAAGCAAGAGGAUUUUGAGCGCAAGUACAACUUCCGCUUCGAGGAACCUGAAGCACAGCAGGUAAAUAUGUAUCCCCGCAUCAUUGCGACAUCUGUGCGCCGAAAGGAUGAGCGCCGCAAAGAGAAGCGCCAGGAAACACGGGAGCGCAAGAGAAAAGAGAGGGAACAGAAGCAGCAGGAGCUGAAGCACCUGAAGAACCUGAAGCGUCAGGAGAUCCUGGAACGGCUGGAGAAGCUACGUAAGAUUACUGGUAGAGCAGGUAGCAGUUUCCAAGCAGGUGACCUGGAAGGAGACUUUGAUCCCAAGCUGCAUGACCAGCUCAUGGAGAAUUUUUUUGGGGAUGAGUACUAUGGAGCGGGUGAGGAAGAAAAACCACAGUUUGAAACGGAAGAAGGAAUUGAUGAUGAAUGGAAUUGGGACAAGUGGACUGGAAGGGAUGAUGGUACGUGGCAGCAGCAGGAGGAAGACUACCAGCCACACUGUGAGGACCCUAACUUUGUGAUGGAUGCAGAUUAUGACCCCUCCCAGCAACCAGCCCAUUCCAGAAAGAAAAAGAAGCUGGAGAUCCCUCUGCUCGGCAAGAAGAAGCGCAAGUCACAUUUUGCAGAGGUCAUCUCUCAUGAAAAAAAGCCCUUUGACCCUGAAACAAAGACAUUUGAGCAGUACUUGGAUGAGUUUUAUCACUUGGACUAUGAGGAUCUGAUAGGGGACCUUCCUUGUCGUUUCAAGUACCGCACAGUUGUCCCCUGCAGCUAUGGACUCUCAGCUGAAGAGAUUUUGGCAGCUGAUGAUAAGGAGCUGAACCGCUGGUGUUCUCUACGGAAGACAUGCAUGUACAGGUCAGAAAAAGAAGAAUUGCAGGACAAGGCAGUCUAUGAGAAGAAAGGCCAAGAUGCUUGGAAGAAGAAACAGAUCCUCAAAUCCCUUCAAGCAGGAAUGGAAGAAGAAGAAAAAGAUGGAAAGCAGCCUCCGCCCAAGAAGAGAAGAAAGAGCAGGGAGACCAAGUGCUUUGGGCACUCUUCAGAAGAAUCACAGCUGGUUAGCCCUAGUGAGGAGGAAGGACUUUUGCUUCCCAGGACCACAGCAGAUUCUGUCACAGGAAAAGAACUGGAAGCUCCUGCCUCAAAUGGGUCUUGUUCUGUCCCCCCCCGAGUCCAGAGAUCAAAAAAGAGAAACAGAAAGGGGUUGGUACUGGGCACCAAGAUACGGAUGAGGGGCUCUGAGUUCAGUCACCAGCGGCUCCAAGCCUACGGUCUCAAUCCCAAGCGCCUGCGCUACCGCCAGCUGCUUCGUGAGAAGAGGCGGAAGAAGCAAUAGCUGAACCCAGCCAGAUUUGGCUGGUCAGGGGACCAAACAGCCUCAUCCGUUUUGAUUUCAGACUCAGCUCCUUUAGCCAUCUGCCUCCUUUUCUUGGAGCGGAGUCUACAGCUGGCUAAAAGCAGUGGUUUCUAGUUUCUGAACUCUGCUCCUUUGAUUCUUGUGAAAUAAUGAAUGAAUCAAAUUAUCUUUUAAUGUGUUUGCUGCCUUUAUGUUUCGUCGUAUUACUUAAUAGACUUGCCUAAUAAGCCUUCAAGUCUGAAUCCAUCGUACUAGCUAAUCCUAUAUUACUCCUUUUGAUCACUUCCACUUACAUACUAGGAGGGCCAUGGACCUAUGCUUACAAAGUACCUUAUCCAUAACUGGUUUAAUAUUAAAAAACAUCUAUUUGGGGGUGUUGCAAAAUGAAAAUUUACCUCCAUUGA